CCAACAAUGUCCCGGCUCACGUCCUCACUGGCUCUGUUCUGUCAGGUCAACGCGCUCUCCUGCCUGGUCCUCUGCUACUUGCUCUUCGUCGUGCUGGGAGGUGUGGUGUUCAUGGCCGUGGAGAAGCCGGUGGAAAGGGAGCUGAGGGCCGAGGUGGAGGAGCUGCUUCGCUCCUUCCUGCAGGAGAACCCGUGUGUGCAGGAGAGCGGGCUGAGGGAGCUGCUGGGGAAGGCUCUGUCCGCUCACCGCAGCGAUGUAGCCGUUCUGAAGGCUGACGCUGAGGAGAGGAGCUAUGAUUUUACAUCUUCACUUUAUUUUGUCAUUGUCACUCUGACCACCAUGGGUUCAGACUCCUACACCCCCAAAUCAUAUGAGGCCAAGCUCUUCUGCAUCUUCUACUGCACCUUGGGGAUCCCCCUCACCCUCUUCCUCCUCACCCUCCUCUCCAACAUCCUCCUCCCCGUUGUCACACACGCUCCCGUCCACCACCUGUGCACUUACUGGGGUAUGCCCUACGCCCGGGCCGCCCUCGUCCACGCCGGCCUCCUCUCUGCACUUGUCAUGUCCCUCCUGUUCCUACUCCCCGCCCUUCUGGUCUGCGCUGCAGAGCCAGACUGGAGCUUCCUGGACGCCCUUUUUUUCUGCUUUAUUGUCCUGAGCACUGUCGGUCAGGGAGGAGACUCUCUGGGGAGGACCUGGGGCCCAACGGCCAGGGAGACCAUAGAACUACUCACCACAUGUUACCUACUGGUGGGCCUGGUGGUGAUCAUUACCUUAAAGGAUACUGUCCUGCAAGUUCCCCAGGUCUGCGCGGUGAUGAGGCUUUUCUCUGGUCCGCAGUACACUGAGCUGGAAGGCGUCUAUCUCAACGAACUGACGAUGAGUGAUGACAACACUGAGGAAGAGCCCCAGUACUCCCAGUCCAUCUGUACCGUCUCCUCCACUCCAUUAGAGCUGUUGUCAGGUCGGCCCGCUGACCCCCACCCACGCAGAACCUCUACUCCCGAAACCACCUGACCUUUACAACUGGAAACUGUUCACACCCCUUUAGCUUCUGACAUUAAGGUGUUUCAGUAUUCAAAUACACUACGUCCAAUUUGAUCAAAUUCUGUGGAGUCAUAUAUGCGCCACCAGCCAAGUGAAUUGAAAUGAUUCGCUCUGAAUUUAAAUGUAAAGCUUAACUGAAUUAUUUCUCAUGUUAAUAUCCAUGUUUAGCUUUCCAACAACAUACUGCAGACUGAGGUGGUCAGUUUUUAGGAAUA